AUGAAGCAAAGAAAAAGACAACGUAUUACGACGACGUGGAAAAAGCAAAAAAAAAUUAGGAGUGGAGAAGUAGUUGAAAUAUACGAUUGGCGAAAUGAAACUAGCAAGUACAUUAAGCCUCCAGGACAAUGGUAUUUUGCUUUCUCAAAAAUGAUGAGAAUAAUUUUAACAAAAAGCUCUAAAGGCACAGUACUAAUCCGCGGCGAAUUAGUCUAUAAUUCGGAUUCUGGUGUGGGAAAACCAGUAACAAAAAAGACUAAGAGUAUUAAAAAUAUAAAACCUACACAAAUUCUGAAACAAAAUGUAGUCAACAACAACAAAAAGGUUGAUGUUAAUAAUUUAUUAGUGCAUCAUUUCGGAGAUGAGUGGAAAAAUGAUACACGUCUAAGUUUCUACAAAUUCGUCGUAGAAGAGGACACGGUUACAGAAAACGAAACAGUCGAGGAUGAAACGACGUUGUGUGAGAAUAUCGAAGAGGAAUUGGAACUUUCUAUUUAA